AUGUCAAACAAAUGGAUAUGUCAAUUGUUAUCAUUAGCAACAUUGUUGAUUUCAUACAAUGUCUAUGUGUGUGAAUGUCAAGAACCUGAGGCUCUCCCUCCGUCAGCUGAAAAUUGUAAUGGAGUUUUCAUUUCGUAUGAUUUUCUUGAUCGGAGGAAGGGAUUUCCUCGGGUCAAGAAUGUCACGGCACAAUCUUGGUCCUUUAAUGCAACCGCAACAGUUCUCAACACAGGAAAAGAUGUACUUAAAGCAUGGAAAUUGUUCAUAGGAUUUCAACAUCAUGAGAUCCUUGUCUCUGCAAAUGGAGGUAUUCCAUUUGAAGCUGGUGACUUUCCCUCUUCUGUUGGAAAUGGGACAACCUUAGUAGGAAGUUCUCUUCCAGAUUUGGAAACCUCCAUCGACACAGCCAAUGAUUUGUCUCAAAUUCAAGCACUCAUUCAAAUUGCUGGCACCCAAUUUGGAGUUAGGCCACCUGCAAUUCCCAUGCCUAAAAACAUCAAGUUGGUGAAUGAUGGAUUUAAGUGCCCCCGACCAAGUGUCCGUAAGAGUUCCAUGUGGGCAUGUUGUAAAAGUGAUCCAAAAUUCAAGUCAAAACUUUUGAAGACAAAAUUCUUACCACGUCAAAAAGGGGAUCUGACCAUAGCCUAUGAUGUUCUUCAAUCGUAUGACAGCAGCUAUCUAGUUCAAGUGACCAUAGAUAAUAAUAACCCUUUGGGAAGGUUAGAUCAUUGGAACUUAACAUGGGAGUGGACAAGAGGUGAAUUCAUACAAACAAUGAAAGGUGCUUUCACACGUGAGAUAACCUACACAGGUUGCGUCUAUGGUGUUGCUGGACAAUACUACAAGGACAUGGAUUUCUCCAAAGUAAUUAAUUGUCAAAAAAAUCCUGUAAUAAGUGAUUUGCCUCCAGAAAAAUAUAAUGACACUGAAAUUGGUAAAAUACCAUUUUGUUGUAGAAAUGGAACUCUUUUACCAAUACUUAUGGAUCCAAGCCAAUCCAAGUCAAUUUUUCAAAUGCAAGUUUUUAAAUGUCCACCUGAUUUGGAUAAAAAAUCUAUUUUCCCACCAGCAAGAUGGAAAAUAAUGGGAGUUCUUAACUCAGCUUAUACUUGUGGACCACCAUUGAAAGUUGAACCGACAAAAUUUCCAGACCCUAGAGGACUUGAUGCUACAACUUAUUCUAUUGUUAGUUGGCAAAUAGUUUGUAAUAUAACCAAACCAAAACAUAGGAGUACACGUUGCUGUGUCUCUUUCUCUUCUUAUUACAAUGAUUCUAUUGUGCCAUGCAACACGUGUGCAUGUGGUUGUGAUGAUGAUGACACAAAUCGUCAUUGUAAUCCAAAUGCAAGAGCAAUGCUUUUACCUUCAGAAGCUCUUCUUGUACCUUUCGAGAAUAGAACAUUGAAGACAGUUGCUUGGGCGAAAUUAAAGCAUUUUAGGGUACCUAAGAAAUUACCAUGUGGUGAUAAUUGUGGAGUUAGCAUAAAUUGGCAUAUAGUUUCAGAUUACAAAGGUGGAUGGAGUGCUAGAAUCACUUUGUUCAAUUGGAAACCAUUCCCUUUUGAGAAUUGGUUCACUGCAAUGCAAUUUAAGAAAAGUGUUUCUCUUGGUUUUGAGAAAGUGUAUUCUUUCAAUGGGUCAUUGCUUACAAAAUUCAACAACACUAUUUUCAUGCAAGGAUUACAAGGAACAAGCUAUUUGAUAGGUGAAGACAAUGGAACAUACCUAAAGGUUCCUGGAAAACAACAAUCUGUUAUUUCCUUUACCAAAAAAUUCAAACCGAAUAUGCAAAUAGCAAAAGGAGAUGGGUUCCCUUCAAAGGUUCUUUUCAAUGGAGAAGAGUGUUCAAUUCCAACCCAAUUCCCUAUGCAAACUGCUAACCAGCAAAAUGUAUAUUUAGUACAAGAAAUAUUAGUCUUAGUUUUAGCUUUUACAAUGAAUCAUAUCUUGUAUUAG